CUCUAAUGAAUUAUUGAAUAUGAACAAUUUCCCCAUAAUGGCUUACGUUAUACUGUCAAGCACUCGAAUAGUCGAGCGCGCUGUCCUCUGACAGCUCUUGUUAGGUCACAAGGUCAAGGUCACAGUGACUCGAAAUAGUAAAAUGGUUUCCGAAUGAUAACUUAAGAAUGCUUACGCUUAGGAUCAUGAAACUUCAUAGGUAAAUUGAUCAUGACUGGCAGAUGACAACUAUUGAUUUUCAGGUCCCUAGGUUAAAGGUCACAGGUGACUCGAAAGUGUACAAUGGUUUCCGGAUGAUAUCUUACAUUAGGUCAAAGGUCAAGGUCACAGUGACAAAAAACGUAUUCACACUAUGGCUGCAACUAAAACUGACAGCCAAUAUGGGGGGCAUGCAUGUUUAACAAACAACCCUUGUUAAUUUAUAGUGUUUCUUAACCAGUUUUAAUUGGAAUAAAACGAAAGGAGUCCUAGUGACUUUCGACAACUUUCCACCGGUAAAUAAUAUUUGAGACAAAUGUAAAUUUCCUAUGGACAAUAUUGUUAUGGUAUCGUAUUUCUAUAUUUCAUUCAAUCUUCACCGUUCGCUGUUGUUUCAUUUAAGCGCUUUAUCAAUUUUAUUUUAUCGAUACUCGGUGUGCGGAUGUGAAAGCGAAAGUUGUUACCUUCGCUCCUUUCAAAAUAUCCAAUACAAACAAGGCAGUCCACUUUGAUAGAAUGAGGCAAGUGUUAACUUUGGAUUAACAAACCGAAGUUUGUGGCUGUUUAGCCAUGGCGACUAAAGUUAUUUAUUUUACCGUUGAUGGAUGUAACGAGCAAGCUGAAUUUAGAAGCGAUGACCCACCAGAUGAUGUUAAAGAAACGUUCCGAUCUGCGGCAGAGGCAGGACCUAAUGAUAUUCUCAAAUUGUACAAUGCCAAAGGCAACUUAAUAAACAUUUCACCUCGAAUCCCUGACAAUACUCCCGACACUCGAUACACACUCGACGUAGUGGCUGCUCAGUGCCCAGGUGAUGUACCUUUAGCAGAACAGCUGGGCUUUGACAUUGGUGCAAUAGAGAAACGGUUGCAGGCGUUAGAGAAACGGGUCUUCAUAGAAAAUGGCGAUCUUCCAUCCAGUGUCUUGAGUAUACACACAAAAGUAGAGGAAUUUAAAAAUAAAUUGCAGGGCGUAGAACAUCUAAGUUGGUUAGGCUUGUUCAAAGAUAUCAGCUCAGGAACCUCCCUUCAGCCUUUCUGGGACAAGAAAUCCCUCCAGAGAGACACAGACCACGAUAAACACAUCUACGAUAAAUACAUUAGAAUGAGCCAGGUGCAAAUAACUGAUGAAGUGCGACAAUACUUACGGAAACCCACAUUCGAUAAUUGGCAGUGGGAUGAGCCAGAAAUGUUAGUCUUGCUCCAGCAAAUGUAUAUUGAUCUCGGAUUCCUCACAAAGUUCAACAUUGAGUUGCCAAUUUUACAGAAUUGGUUAUUUGAAAUAUACAGAAACUACAAUCCGGUGCCUUUCCACAACUUCAAACACUGCUUUAUGGUUACUCAAAUGAUGUAUGGACUUACCUGGCUUGUUGAUCUACCGUCCAUGGUGGACGACAUAGAUGUUCUCAUACUCCUGACCUCUGCAAUAUGUCAUGACCUUGGUCACCCAGGCUACAAUAACGCAUAUCAGAUCAAUGCCAAGACAGAGCUAGCCCUCCGCUACAAUGACAUAUCCCCGCUAGAGAACCACCACUGUUCCAUAGCGUUUGAGAUUCUGGAAAAGCCCAACUGUAAUAUCCUUGCUAACCUCACUAAGGACCAGUACCGCCGGGUACGAGAGGGCAUGAUAAAGUGCAUUUUAGCCACUGACAUGGCCAAACAUAAUGAGAUAGUGAACAAUUUUAAAGCGUUAUUGGACGUUUUUGAUGUGAACAAUAAGGAGCAUAAAUAUUUGCUUAUGAUGAUACUUAUGAAAGUGUCUGACAUAUCAAACGAAGCUCGACCAAUGGACGUGGCUACCCCUUGGCUAGAUUGUUUACUGCAGGAAUUUUUUAACCAGUUGCUGAUGAUUCUGUUAAAAACUGCGGACAUUUCAAAUGAAGUGCGGCCCCUCGAAGUGGCGGAACCCUGGAUUGAGUGCCUCCUUGAAGAGUUUUUCAUUCAGAGUGACAUAGAGAAGCUGGAAGGAUUGCCUGUUGCCCCGUUCAUGGAUCGUGAGAAAGUGACCAAGUCCUCAUCCCAGAUAGGCUUCAUCAAAUAUGUACUGCUGCCUCUGUUUGAAGCCCUGGGGCAACUUCUGCCAGUCAUAGAGAAAGACAUUAUUGGGCCAGUAAGGAAUGCCCUAGACUACUAUACUCAAAUGCAGAAGGCAAUGGAAGAAGAAAAGGAGAGGAAUGCAUCUAAUGAAAAGUCCAAACAGAAUGGAUUGACCAAUAAGGUGAAAGGAGACAUCAAAGUAUGACCAGUAGCUUUUCAACCAGUCACAGAGACAGACAAAACAGGUUGACCAAUAGAAACCAUUGUUAAUGUUGCUUUUUAUUCUGACAGCCAGUCAACCAAUCAUAAGGGUUGUACCAUGUGCCAUCCAAUCAUUAUCAUUUUAACACUUGUGAUAGUGCAAUCAGGAUGAGAUUUACAGCGGAAUCUGUGUUCUGAUAAUAUUUUAAUUGCUUUAUGUUUACUUGUGUAUUAUGCAUGUGCAAUUUUGGAAGUGGAACAUGCAAAAAACAUAUGGAAUUUUUGUUUUGUAUAAAAUGGGUUUGAUAACAUCAUGAUAUGAUAUUUAGUUAAUUUAAAUUGUCUCUCUUAACUGACAGUUAGUUGUUUGCAUUACUUUAAACUUUUAAAAUUUGUGGGUAUUUUCUUAAUGUUUACUCGAGUUAUUUAUGUUAUAGCUGACAAUGUCCUUUAAAAAGUACUAUGAUAAAGUGAAAAAGUCUCGUCUUUUUGUUUCCAUCAAAUUGUUAUUUGUUUAUAUUGUUUUCAUUCUUGUAAAAUUUCAUUCACGCUGUUAUACUUCAUAUCAGGGAUUAUUAUGUAUUCAAGAGAUAUUUUAAUCGACUUUUGUUUUUAUAAUAUGUUCACUUUUUGAAUAAUAUGAUUACAAAUAAUGUUUGGUUUUGUUUUUAGUUAAAAUAUUAUUUUGCUUAUCAAUAUAAUGUCUGUUCAAUUUUGCCUUGUUUAAUUUUGCAUAUGCAUUAUUGUAAUUUAUAUAUUUUAAAUAUUGCAAUGGUUUUGAUAGAGAGAUAAAUAACUCUAACUUUACAUCUGUUGUUCAAUUAAUUGGUUGAUUUUGAAGAGUAUUUUCUUUUGCAUCUAAAUGUAAUAUGUUAUUUGUUUGAUUUUGAAGAGUAUUUUCUUUUGCAUCUUAUGUUAAAAAAAAAUGGAUAAGAUGUCUAUGUGUAUACUUUUGAAUGGCAUUUAACAAAAGAUCUGAAAGAUGGACUGAAGGUUAACCUUUUACAACUUAGAUACGUAUUUAACCCUUUACCACUUAGAUACGUAUUUAACCCUUUACCACUUAGAUACAUAUUUAACCCUUUUGCAUCUUAUGUUAAUUGUUUGAUUUUGAAGAGUAUUAUGUUAAAAAAUGGAUAAGAUGUCUAUGUGUUUACCUUUGAAUGACAUUGAACAAAUGAUCUGAAAUAUGGACUGAUGUAAAACCCUUUACCACUUAGAUGCGUAUUUAACCCUUUACCACUUAGAUACGUAUUUAACCCUUUACCACUUAGAAAUGUAUUUAACCCUUUAUCACUUAGAUACGUAUUUUAAUGCAUUUAAGUCCCUAAGAGAGUUAAAUUUAAUUCAAGACCUUUCUUACAAAUUCAAGUUUUAAAGGCUUCAUUUCCAACCCUUAGAUACUGAUGAGCAGCAAACAGCAUUAAAACCUGAACAGACUGUGAGUUACGCACAGGCUGUUCUGGUUUUAUGCUGUUUGCACAUAGCCAUUUUCACUUUGCUUCUGAGUGGGAAAGGGUUAAAUUAGCUUAUUAGUGUUUUUUAUAAUUUGUUUAGAAUUUGUGUGUAUUCUAAAAUAGUGUUAAUAAGCAGCAUACACACUAUAUGUGAUAUUUCUGAUGUAUAUGUGUUUUAGAACACUAAUGAUCAAUAUUCUAUAAUUAUUGCAUUAGUUAAAGUUAGUUGCAUGUGUCUCAAUGGAACUUUUUUCCAUCAAGACUCACAUAUGGAUUAGGCAAUUUCAAAUAUCUGCAAUAUUUAAAUUAUUUUUGUUCAAGGCAAAUAAUUAUUUUGUAUUUUUUAUAAAUAUAUAACUAUAUAUGUGUUUGUAAAUAGCUUAAAGUCCCUGUUAAUUUAAUGUAAGAUAUACUUCAGCUUACUCUGGGAAGAUGGGGUUUAAUUCAUGUGCCUAGUUGUGUUCUUGAUUAGCCUGUGCAGUCUGCAUAGGCUUAUAAGAGACAACACUUUCAUUUUUAAUGGAAUUUUUCUUUUAAAUGAAGCCUUUUCUUAGAAAAAAUGCAAUUAAGGCGGAAAGUGUCAACCCUUAUAAGCCUGUGAAAGUGUCAACCCUUAUAAGCCUGUGAAAGUGUCAACCCUUAUAAGCCUGUGAAAGUGUCAACCCUUAUAAGCCUGUGAAAGUGUCAACCCUUAUAAGCCUGUGAAAGUGUCAACCCUUAUAAGCCUGUGAAAGUGUCAACCCUUAUAAGCCUGUGAAAGUGUCAACCCUUAUAAGCCUGUGAAAGUGUCAACCCUUAUAAGCCUGUGAAAGUGUAAACCCUUAUAAGCCUGUGAAAGUGUCAACCCUUAUAAGCCUGUGAAAGUGUCAACCCUUAUAAGCCUGUAAAAGUGUCAACCUUUAUAAGUCUGUGAAAGUGUCAACCCUUAUAAGCCUGUGAAAGUGUAAACCCUUAUAAGCCUGUGAAAGUGUCAACCCUUAUAAGCCUGUGAAAAUGUCAACCCUUAUAAGCCUGUGAAAGUGUCAACCCGUAUAAGCCUGUGAAAGUGUCAACCCUUAUAAGCCUGUAAAAGUGUCAACCCUUAUAAGCCUGUGAAAGCGUCAACCCUUAUAAGCCUGUGAAAGUGUCAACCCUUAUAAGCCUGUGACGACUUCACAGUCUUAUCGGCAUGAAACUUCAUGCACACGCAUUAGACCCCUUUUUUUACCAGCGUAAGUCUCAUGUUUUUGUACUGCCAGGUUUUGGUAUUGCUUGGUGUCACUAAGAACCAUUGAUGUGACAAUUGAGUUUAUUGAAUAAAGGCAUUUUGAUGGCAUUUUUUUUAACUAAAGGGCUAAAUUUGUAGAAUUAUUUUAUGUCUGUGAAAUGUUUAUCCUUUCAUAUUUGUUGAUUUUGCGGAUUAUUUUGGAAAUAUUUGACCAAUUGCUGUUAUGAAGAUAUGAACAAGAUGUAUGUUAUAUGUGUCUUGUUCUGUAAAAGCUGGUCAUAAUUCAUGUGCGUAAUGUGACGUCCCAGAUUAGCCUGCGCAGUCCGCACAGGCUAAACAGGGGCGACACUUUCCGCUUAAAUGGUAUUUUCCGUUUAAAGAAAGUCCCUACCGAAAAUCUAGUUUAAGCGGAAAGUGUUUUCCCUGAUUAGCCUGUGCGGACUGCACAGGCUAAUCUGGGACGACACUUUAUGCACAUGCAUUAUGACCAGUUUUCUCAGAACAAGACACAUAUGUGUUAUAUUUAUCAUUUUUUUCCAUUCUAGGAUCAAAUAUGAGAUAUUUAAAUACGACUGGGAAAAUAUGUUUGUAUGAUUUGGGUUAUUUGGGUAUAGACCAUCAAAUAACAAUUGUUAAAAUUUCUUUUUCAAGGGUUGUAUAAUUCAGUGCAAGUGUAUGAAAAAGGUUGUAGGUUUAUUUCACAAUCUAUUUGUUCAGUCAAUUAGUGUUGUUUGGAAUUAUGUUUAGAUCCUUUUAUAAUCAUGAUAUAGGAUAAUUUUAAGUAAAUUCAAUCAGUUCACUUUAAAAAAUUGUAUUCCCAAAGAUUUUAACCAAAGAAUGCAGUGUUUUGAUUUGUUGAAUUAAAUGUUAAUGUUAAAAUUAGGGAAGCUUAUAAUGUUCAGUUAAAUUAGAUUUUCAAAGAUAUUAAAUUUUGUAAAGUUCAUUUAUUGAAUAAUUUAUUGGUAACUUCACUUUUCUAAAUCAAUUUUCAAGCUUGCUUGUGUAACUUCAAGCUCACAUCUAAAUUCAAUCUUGUGUCUCAACUUCAAGCUCUGGUCUAAAUUCAAUCUUGUGUCUCAACUUCAAGCACUGGUCUAAAUUCAAUCUUAUGUCUUAACUUCAAGCACUGGUCUAAAUUCAAUAUUGUGUCUCAACUUCAAGCUCUGGUCUAAAUUCAAUCUUAUGUCUUAACUUCAAGCUCACAUCUAAAUUCAAUAUUGUGUCUCAACUUCAAGCUCUGGUCUAAAUUCAAUCAUGUGUUUCAACUUCAAGCUCUGGUCUAAAUUCAAUCUUGUGUCUCAACUUCAAGCACUGGUCUAAAUUCAAUCUUAUGUCUUAACUUCAAGCACUGGUCUAAAUUCAAUAGUGUGUCUCAACUUCAAGCUCUGGUCUAAAUUCAAUCUUAUGUCUUAACUUCAAGCUCUUGUCUAAAUUUAAUAUUGUGUCUUAACUUCAAGCUCUGGUCUAAUUUCAAUCUUGUGUCUUAACUACAUGUUCUUGUCUGAAUUCAAUCCUGUGUCUUAACCUGAAGUUCUGGUCUAAAGUCAAUCUUGUGUCUUAACUUGAAGCUCUGGUCUAAAUUCAAUCUUGUGUCUUAACUUGAUAAUCUGGUCUAAAUUCAAUCUUGUGUCUUAACUUCAAGCUCUGGUCUAAAUUCAAUCUUACGUCUUAACUUGAAGCUCUGGUCUAAAUUCAAUCUUGUGUCUUCAAGCUCGCAUCAAACUUCAAUCAGUUUUCAAUUUGUCUGCACACAUUGAAAUUAAAUCAUGUGUCUGGACUUCAAGUAAACAUUGAAAUUAAACCAUCUGUCUUAAAUUUCAGCCCCCAUUUAAAUUCAAUUUUUUGUCUCCACUUCAAGCUUACAUGUAUAUUGAAUCAGCUGUCUUAACUUCAAGCUCUAAUCUACACUCAAUCAUGUAUCUCAAACAAUCUUAAUUUGUCUUUUCUUCCAGUUUGCAUCAAACUUCCACCUUUGUCUUCAUGUUAAUCUUGCAUUUCCCCUCACAUCUAAGGUAAUUAUAGUGUUUUUAAAUUAAUGCUCUGAUCUAUAUAUAAUCUUUUGUCUUUCCUUCAGGCUCUCAUCUAAAUUUAAUAUGUAACUCCAGUUCCUAAUCCCAUCUUAAUUCAAUCUCAUAACUUAACUCCUUAUUUGGAACAGAGGGCCAUAAUGGUAAAUAUGCAUGUAAUUUCUUCUUUUGUUUCAGCCAGACAAAAAUUGUGGCAUCUAUUGAUACAGAAUUAGUUCAAAAUCCAGCGUCCAUUUAUAGCUAAAAAGCACCUUAGCUAGGUUCAUAUAUUAAGAUCCAGUUCUUACUCAAGCAACAUUAAACUGGUUGGGGACUGCUGCAUAGUCAGUUGUUUAGUCUGUGACAAAGCUCUUAUUUAUUUAUGAAUUUCAGUGGAAACAAGAAAUAUCUUUAAAAAAGAUAUACGGCGUAAAUAGUUUAAUGAAUGAGAUCAAGUAUAGCGAAUGUCUUUUUCUGUGCAGUUCUUAGCUGCAUCACACGCAGUACGGGAUGUUACGGGGAGUUUUCGCGGCUUAUUUUACAUUAUAACAUAUUGCUGGUCAUAAACCUAUAGGUACAAAACAGAAAACCAAAAGAAGAAUGGAAGUGAAAUUUAAACAUAUGAGUCAACCGGCCACACGAGAAGUAUCCGUAUUUAUAGGCGCGUUCUUUGAACAAACCUGUUUUAGUGGUUUGUCUGGCAUUGCUAUUUGAUUCGAUUAUUAACAGUAUCAAUUAUCAUCGUGCUAAUGCUUAAAGUGAUAUUAUGGGCAUUUUGCACUGUUGAAUUGAGCUGAAAAGAAUUAACAGGUCAAAAUAGUUAGUUAAAAUGUGGUUACUGAUUAAUUAUCUGCAACUCACCUUGCUACCAGUUGUUUAUAAAAAUAUAUUUUAUAUUCGAUAUUCUUACGUGACCCACCCAGUCCUGUAAGCUGAAAUGAUCCGUAAAACAAUUUCGUGUCUUUGUGCCGUAUGAACAAAUCUGCACUAAAACUUAAUUUAGGUUCAACUCGUAAACGCAUGAUCAGUUGUCAAACGAAAGUACGGUUGAUAUUCAAAUGCAUUAUUUUUCUCUUUCUGGUAUAUUGUUUUAGUAUGAUGAUGCUGCAUUAAUUAAUAUAAGUGUAUAUGAAGUAGAAACAUCAAAAAUAAUCAACGGUUGCAAUAGACACCUAUAAACUGUUACAUGCUCAUAAUAUCACUUUAGUACAUUAGGCAAUAUGGACGAAUACUUAUUGUUAAAUUUAUCAACAAUAAUAUUUAUCAUUGUAUUGUUGAAAACACAUUAAGAAUCUAUUAUUUACAUACCAUAAUUAUAUUGCUGAAUAUCUUCAUUUAACAUAUUUCUGGUCUAAAGAAAAUUCCAGGUCACCUAGUUCACGGAUAGCGUCUUUAUUAUAUAACGAUUAUUUUACUGGCCGCCAACUCCGGUGAUGACCUGUAUAUAAACUCUGAAUGUCCGCGAAUUGACCCGAUAUACCUCGCGGGUUGAAAUGCAAUGCUUUAAAGUGAGGCCUCGCUUCCAUUGCUCUUUAUACUUUUACAUGUUAACAUGUUGACAGGAAUAAGGAAGUAAGUACUAAAUAUGAGAACAUAGCCUUUUAAGUAUAAGCGCUCUUGCGCUGGUAAUACUCUGAAAAUAAAAGGUGUACGCACAAACUGUAUUGAUGUCGAGAAUUGAGUGUAAAACUGUUCUAUCUAUUAAGCAUUUUCAUUCGAGAUAAAAUUGUUUCAUACAGUAAAACAGUGUUACAAAGACGCGGAUAUGUUUCCAAUGUUCUGGUGGUAUACUCAAAUCAGCCAAUGGAAUAAAUGAAGUGUAUUCAUUCGUACCUAGCCGCGGGAAAUUUUAUUGGAAUUUUAUUGGACACUUACAAAGGUCAGGCUAAGGUGAAAAGCUGGCUUAUGCAGCUUACGCCGAAAAACUGUGGAUACUCAGUGAUUUUUUUUGCCCCAUUUGGAAAAGUACGGGUACUAGUCUAAUAGGGAAAAUUGUGCGCAAAAAAAAAAUGAAAUUCGGAAAAUUUGCGUCAUGAAGUCUUCAUAUUGGGAUAUUAGUUUAUUUGAUAUUUUGCUCCCAAAAACUUUAAAGUUGAUAGCUAAAUGUUGUGAAAUUGAAAAUACUAUAUGAACAUAGGUUUAAGUCAAAGAGCAGCAUAGGGAAACUAACUAAAUGUUGCAUUUAAUUAAAAAAAAACACUAUUUUUACCAACCAUUAUGUGGAAAAAAAUCGACAACAAUUUGGAAAUAUGUAGCUUUUUUGCAUAUUGGGAAAGUGCCGAUUUCCUGUACUUUUUAAGAAGGAAAAAAAUUGCUGAUACUGCGUGUAGAAGUAUUUGUUCAUGAAAUCACUCAUAUGGAGGGGGUCAAGAAUGGAACUAUUGUGUGUUAUGAACAUGAGUUCCAAGCAUUAUUAUCAAAUUUUGUUCUACUUGUCUUGCAUUAAAGGGUACUUUGUUAUGUUCAAUGCAUGUCUUUCUAGUGUUUUGUUAAUGGUAUUAUUUUACAUGGAUCUUGUUAUCAUGGAAUACAAAAACACAUGUUUGUGUAUAGUCCUAUUGAUAUUGAGGUCUUUGUCAGCAGUAUUGUCUGGGCUAUGACAGCCUCUUAGAUUGCUACUUUCUGAAGAAAGAAGAAAAUGUAUCUAUAUCUACUUAAUUUUUAUUAACAAAAUUUUAAACCCUUAACAUAAUUUUGUCUUACAUGUAUAUCUUAAAAAUCCUUUUCUUGAUUGCAUUUUAUUUAUUGAUAAAGUUGCACAGAAUGACAGCUAGAAUUAAUCACUAUUUAUCUGCUUGCAGCCAAAAUAUUAAGUUCAACAAAGUCUUAUUUCAAUAUUAUAUCAAGUUUUGUCUAAAUUUUGCCAUGCUAAAUUAUCACAAUCUUAUUUAAGCUUCUUAGUACUACAUCUGUGCUUAUUUUAUCUGUUUACAUUUUUCAGCAUUCAACAGUGGUCAUAAUGGCUUGAGAUUUUAAUACCAGAAUAUUACAGUUUAACAAAUGCUAAGAGAGCUUUCAAUAUUAAUUGAAAUUUGAAUUUAUCUCAAAAUUUAGAAAUGAUUGACAAAAUUUGUUGUAAAAUUAUAUUUGAAGUUUUAAGAGUCCCAUUGUAGAUAAACCCUUCAGUAUUUUAACAUGUAAUUGUAUUCCAUUUAUUUUAUAUAACACUUUGCGUUUCAUUAUCUCCUUUGAAAGAUAUUGCUGAUUGAAUCUGGGGUUGAAACUUCCUAAUUAAAUGUUUUGUCUGUCUCAAUUAAAACAAUAUACCUUCUUUUAAUCAACACUUACUGGUAUUAUGUUGGAGGUUAAAGCUGAAAUAAAAUACUGGGAUGUACAAGCACAUAGGGUAGUUGCACAUUCAACGUGAUUUAUCUAACCCAUUAAGUGUUCACUGGCAAUAUCUUGUUGAUGGGGAAAACUCAUGUAAUGGGUCCCUAAUGAGACAUGUUGAGACCACUUAAGUAAGAAGUCUGCUUCAUUUGUAACAGCAUUUGCAGCAAUCACAUUUAUGAAGCAUUUAACCCAUUUAUGCCUAUCGUCUAGAAAAAAGGCUUUCAUCAGGGUCUGCGCUGUUUGCUUAAAGGAAUUUCUUUAAGAAAUAUUCCAUAUAUAGAAAUAAAUAUACUAGACAUCCCUAAUUUCGGAAAUAAAUUAAUCCUAUUUAGAAGGAUGGGAGAGUCCACUAGGCAUUAAUGGGUUAAUUACAAAGCAUUAUUGAAUUUUAAGAAACAGUUCAAAAUGAUGUUUUAUUUAGAUAAGUCCCUCCCACUCAGAAGUAAAUGGAAAGUGGGUACAUACAACCAGUAUAAAACCAGCCCAGCAUGUGAAUAACUCACAGUUAUAUUGAUAGCUUAAGACCAUUCUUACUAGAUUCAAGUUUUAAAGGCUUCAUUUCCAACCCCAAGAUACAGAUGAGCAGCAAACAGCUUAAAACCUGAACAGACUGCAAGUCACUCGCAGGCUGUUCUGGUUUUAUGCUGUUUGCACAUAGCCAUUUUCACUUUGCUUCUAAGACGGAAAGGGUUAAGAAAGUUAUUUGAUAUACUUUGAUUAUUAGUGGACUUCAAAGGGUCACCAUGCAUAUCUGAGCAGUUGAAAUAUCAGAGGAAAUUUAGGUUUAUUUCAUUGAGAAAUAUUUUAGAAACAAUUUUCACUUAAUUAUACCUCCAUUACCAUUGGUAAUGGGGGCUACAUAGGAGUCACUUUCGGUCUGUCUGUCGGUCUGUCCCGAAACUUCAUCCGAUCUUCACCAAACUUGGUCACAAGGUGUGUCUAGAUGAUGUCUAGGUCAUGUUUAAAUAUGGGUCAAAAACUAGGUCAUGGGGUCAAUAAGUUUGUUUUGAAGCGAAAGUUUGUCCACACCAUAACUAUGUCAUUUAUCAUUAGAUUUUAAAAUGACUUGGCAAAUUUGUUCACCAUCAUGGGAUGGUGUGUCGUGUGAAAACAGAAUGUCAAUAUCUCCAAGGUCAAGGUCACACUUCAAAAGUGAAAGGAGUUCAAAGGUCAAAUGCUUGUCCCGGCAAAAACUUUUUCAUUUAUUGUGAGAUUUAAAAAUCAUUUGGCAAAUUGUUCACCAUCAUUGGACGGUGUGUCGCGCGAAAGAAUUAUGUCCAUAUCUCCAAGGUCAAGGUCACACUUUGAGUUCAAAAGUCAAAAAUGGCAAUAAAUGAGCUUGUCCGGGCCAUAACUAUGUCGUUCAUUGUGAGAUUUUAAAAUCCUUUGGCACAUUUGUUCACAAUUAUCAGUCUGUGUGUCGCCCGAAAAAAUUACGUCAAUAUCUCCAAGGUCAAGGUCACACUAUGUCAUUCAUUGUGAGAUUUUAAAAUCAUUUGUUCACCAUCAUUGGAUGGUGUGUCGUGGGAAAGAAUUACGUCAAUAUCUCCAAGGUCAAGGUCAUACUUUGAGUUCAAAGGUAAAAAAUGGCCAUAAAUGAACUUGUCCGGGCCAUUACUAUGUUGUUCAUUGUGAGAUUUUAAAAUCAUUUGGCACAUUUGUUCACCAUAAUUGGACGGUGUGUAGCGCAAAAAAAAUACGUUGAUAUCUGCAAGGUCAAGGUCACACUUGGAGUUCAAAAGUAAAAAAUGGCUAUUAAUGAGCUUGUCUGGGCCAUAACUAUGUCAUUCAUUUUGAGAUUUUUAAAUGACUCUGUACAUUAAUUUUGUUCACAGUCAUUUGAUGGCGUGUCGUGCAACGAAUUUAAGAGUUCAAAGGUCUUGAGUUAUCAUCCGGAAACCAUUUUUUGACGGACCGACCGACAUGCAAAACAAUAUACCCCCUCUUCUUCGAAGGGGGCAUAAAAAUAAAAAAAACUUUUUCAGAACAAUAUAUUUAUUUCAUAAAAAAGAGCCACGUGCCACAUUGACACAGACUAUUUUGCAUGCUGUCUUCACAAAAUAAGAGAAUCUAAUUUAUGGCGAUUUUUAAGAAUUAUUAUGCCAAUUCAGGUCACUAGGUCAAAGGUCUAGUUCACAGUGAUUCAAAAUAUUAAAAUGGUUUCCGGAUGAUAACUCAAGAACGCUUAGGCCUAGGAUCAUGAAACUUCAUAGGUACAUUGAUCAUGACUGGCAGAUGACCCCUAUUGAUUUUCAUGUCACUAGGUCAAAGGUCAAGGUCACAGUGACUCAAAACAGUAAAAUGGUUUCCGGAUGAUAACUUAAAAAUGCUUUGGCCUAGGAUCAUGAAACUUCAUAAAUACAUUGAUCAUGACUGGCAGAUGACCCCUAUUGAUUUUCAGAUCACUAGGUCAAAGGUCAAGGUCACAGUGACUUGAAACAGUAAAAUGGUUUCCGGAUGAUAACUCAAGAACUCUUAGGCCUAGAAUCAUGAAACUUCAUAGAUACAUUGACCAUGACUGGCAGAUGACCCUUAUUGAUUUUCAGGUCACUAGGUCAAAGGUCAAGGUCACAGUGACUCGUUCAUUCAUUUUAUGUGUGUGUCCAAAAACCUUGGUUAAAGUUUGAUAACUUUUGCAAUAUUGGAGAUAGCAACUUCAUAUUUGGCAGGCAUGUGUAUCUCACUGAGCUGCACAUUUUAAGUGGUGAAAAGUCAAGGUCAAGGUCAUCCAUCAAAGUCAAUGAUCAUUGUAUUUUUAUUUCCUAAAACUUUAACCAAUUUAGGCCUAGUGGACUCUCCCAUCCAGCUAAAUUGGACCAAUUUAUCAUGACUGGCAGUGACCCCUAUUGAUUUUCAGAUCACUAGGUCAAAGGUCAUAGUGACAAAAAACAUAUUCACACAACGGGUUCCACUGACAGCCCAUAUAGGGGGCAUGCAUGUUUUACAAACAGCCCUUGUCUUGCGUCUGAUUUCACACAUUCUUAUUUAUAUUUAAUACAUUCAGGUUUAAAAGUGCUAGCUACUGCUUUUGGUGCCAAAUAUUGUCACUCAUAAUUUUAUUUCUUUGUUUUGUACCCUGAUAGCCAAAACUAGCAGUUCUAUUGCUGUCCAAAUUUUUAAAUUAUUAAGCUAUAAUUAAGCUGUUUUUUUUAUUUUCAUAAAAGCUGAUGUUGUUUUGUUGUUGUUUUUUGGAAAAAAUUCAAACAAAUACCAAUCUAGUUUGUGAUGUGUAUAUAUUAUCUAUGAAAAUUUAUUAGCUUUAAAAUAUAAUAAUACAAAUUGAGCAUACACAAGUGAAACAAAAAGCUGUAGCCUUUCAAUAAAAAAAUGUGGGAAAACAAAGCACAAGACUUUAAAAUGGACCACUACUCUUUAUUUCAGUAGUCAUGCAUAUUUGAGAGGUUCUCUGAAAUAAACGGGCUUUAUCCAUGUGUGUAAAUUCAGGCUACUGUAAUCAGGGACAACACUUUCUUCCUAGAUUUAAUUUUCUUUAAGAUUACACUUCCUUUAAACAAGUAUAUCUAUAAAAGUGGAAAGUGUUGUCCCUGAUUAGCCUGUACAGACUCCUAUAUUGUAAUAUGAUUGCUGGAAAAUCACACUUAAAGAGAGGUUCAAACAUGAACACAAUGUUUAACUUUCGUGUUUAAAUUUCCUAUUCUUAUCAUUUAUAUAAAAAGGUUGUUCAUUUUGUGGAUAAAUGAACUUUACAGGGUUAUUUUUUGACCUGAACAUGUUUUGUCUUCUAUUUUCGUUUUUAACAUUUUCUUGUUCAUACAUGAUUUGAUGUCUAUUGUUAAGCGUUUUAUAUUAUAUUCAGUGUAAUAAUUAUUUUGUCAGAUUUGUUUUGUACUGAAAUAAAGUUAUUAUAGUUG